AUGAAAGUGAGAGGGGCAAACUGGACGAAGUACAGUGAAAGGCGCAGUAUACCACGAAGAAUGAUUAGUGAAUUACUCCUAAUUGUGCUUUUCUGCAUGUUCAUAUGGGGCUACUAUCGGAAGCAUGGAGAAGAUCACGUUUACCCACCAGGUCCCCCUACUCUCCCUAUUCUGGGCAAUUUGUGGACCCUAAGAUUUCAACUUCAUCAUGAAACCUUCAUUGAGCUGGCGAAGAUAUAUGGGAAUGUGUACACUGUAUGGCUGGGGCAGAUACCAGUCAUAGUUCUGAAUGGAUUCAAAGCUGUCAAAGAGGUUCUGAACUCCCAUUCUGAAGCAUACACUGGGCGUCCUCUGUUGCCAUUUUUCAUGGAUUUAAUGGGAGAAAAAGGAGUUGUUCUAACGUCUGGACAUACCUGGAAGCAGCAGAGACGCUUUGGGCAGGUGGCCCUCAAGAAAUUGGGCCUGGGGAAAAGGAACAUGGAGGUGCGCAUACAAGAGGAGGUUCAGAGUCUGCUGGAAAUGUUUGCUGCUAUGGAAGGGUCUCCGACUGAUCCUUCAGUUUGGAUUACCCACUCUGUAUCCAAUGUUAUAUCUGCAGUGGUGUUUGGAAAGAGAUUUCUCCUGGAAGACAAAGAUUUUCAGAAACUCCACAAAGCUACAGAACUUGUCAUAGCAGCUCCAGGCACCUUAUGGGCCAGGAUCUAUGACUUGGUCCCCACACUUAUGCGUCACCUCCCAGGACCGCACGAGAAAGCGUUCAAAUACUUCCACAUUUUGUGUUCCUUCAUCCAUAAUGAGGUCAAAGAACAUCAGGAGCUACUCAGAAGUGAGUUGCGAGCAAAAGAGGACAUGGAUUUCAUAGAUCAUUAUCUGAUUCAGAUCUCCAAGACUAAAUGUGACUCAAACUCCACAUUUAAUGAAGAAAACCUGGUCCAUCUUGUGGCAGACUUAUUCAUGACUGGGACAGAAACAGUGGCAACUACACUACAAUGGGCACUUCUCUAUAUGGUGGCAUUCCCAGAUAUUCAGGGGAAGGUACAGGAAGAGUUGGACGCUAUUCUUGAAGGGUCACACAUGAUUAAUAACGAGGACCGAAAGCGAUUGCCAUACACCAAUGCUGUGAUUCAUGAGAUUCAGCGCUUUGGAAACAUUGUCUCCGUUGGAGUUGUGAGAAAGUGCAUGGCAGACAUAAGGCUACAUGGCUUCAAGGUGCCCAAGGGAACCAUAAUUCUUCCAAAUAUUUCCUCUGUUCUGUAUGACCCUGAGCAAUGGAAGUCACCCAGAGAGUUCAGCCCACUACACUUUCUGCAAGAAAAUGGAACAUUUGAAACCAAGGAGGCCUUCUUGCCAUUCUCAUCAGGACAACGGGCAUGCUUGGGAGAGCAUCUGGCCAAGAUAGAACUCUUUCUUUUCUUCUCCAACCUACUGAGGACAUUUAGCUUUCAGGUUCCUGAAGGAGAAUGCCAGCCUAGACUGGACUAUGUCCAAGCAGCAACUCUCCAGCCUUACCCAUAUCGGGUCCGUGCUGUAUUGCGCUAA